AUGCGUUUCUCCCUCUUCGCCGCAGCGCUUUGCGCACCCUCAGCCUUAUCAUUCCCCUGGCUAGCACCCGAGGGAAUGGAUGCUCUUAUGAACCACCCCGAGGCGCGUGCCGAGAUCGACCGUCGGCUGAGAGAACACCAAGCUGGUCAAGGUCAACAAGAAAAACGACAUGAGACCCGACAACUCAAGACUGGACUGGUCGGUGGCGUUGUGUCUCUACUUGGUGGCACUGUCGAGGCGGUGCUAGACAAUGUUGUUGGACUUAUUCCCACCAACAAGGCUGUCAAGGGUUUGCAGAAGUUCCCCGAGAAGUCUCAUCCUUUCAAAGCCCCUGGAAAGACUGAUCAGAGAGGUCCUUGCCCUGGCCUCAACACGUUGGCUAACCAUGGGUAUAUUCCGCGAAACGGCAUCGCCACAAUUGGUCAAAUCCAAGCUGGAACGGCGAAGGUCUUUAACAUGGGCGCUGAUCUGUCUGCUCUUCUCGCCGUCGGCGGUGAUGUUGAUGGUGGCGAUAUUCUUUCUCAGAAGAUGAGCAUCGGUGGACCUGAUGAUCGUGUUGGUCUUCUCAACGGCGCUUUGAACAAGAUCUUUGGCAAGCCAUCUGGCAUUGCUGGCCAUGGCAAGUUCAACGAAGGUGACGCAUCUGCCACCCGAGAGGACUUCUAUCUCAACGGCGACAACAUCUCGUUCCAGCCAAAGCUCUUCAAGCAGCUUCAUCAGCAGGCUCUUGCCAAGGGUGACGGUACCUACAACGUCGAUGCGGUCAAAGAACACUUCAAGAACAGAUACAGAGACUCCAAGGCCGCCAACAAGCAGUUCUACUUCAAUGCCCCGAGUGCCUUUGUGGUGAUGGGCGCAUAUUACUUUGUGCCCGGCUUCUUCUCCAAUGGUACUAUUGGUGCUGGAGGCAUCGCCAACGAAGCUUCCAUCACUUCAUUUUAUGGCGCUAAACCUGCCUCGACUAAGAAGGAUGCGUGGAAGAACAAAGAUCUUGACUAUACUCACGUUCCCGAACGUAUCCCUGAGCAAGGCUGGUAUCGUCGUGCUACACCCAUGACCAUCGUCGAGGCCGUUGGAGGGAUUCUUGACGUCUACCUCUAUGCUCUGCCAGCGUUGGGAGGAUCUGGUGCCGAUGGAAGCUGGGUAGUUGGCCCACUUGAUCUCCCCAAGGAUCCCCAGGGUUUGAGCUGUUUCAUAUACAACGCCAUCUAUGCCAACUUCCCUGCUGAGCUGUUCAACUCUGUCAAGCUUCUCCAAUCCGUCCUCAAUGGACUUUCUGAGACAUUGGUGCCUGGAUAUAAGGCUUUGGGUUGUAAGGUGGAUUUCCCUGAUGCAAAGGGCUCUUCUGCAAGCAAGAAGUUUGCUGCUUAUGAGAAGAAGUAUGUUGGUCCUGCUAAGACCAAGGCUGUGGGUAGUGAAGAAGAAGAGAUUUUCAAUCGUCUUAGAGAUAGUGAAAAGAAUCAGCAGGUUCAGUCCGAAGUUCUUAAUCUCCUCCGGUCUUUACCUCUGGAUAAAGCAACACAGAUGCUCCAGCAACUUCGAAGUGAUUCAGAUUUACCUACUGUUAUUUCCUUAAUACAGCAAAGCAGUAGUCUCAUAGCGCGGCCUUCAGAUCUCCGUGUGGCUCGGGCUGUAGCUCCGCCGACAGGGUCUGCUACAGAGUUUGAGCUUACUGCACAGUUCAGCGCAGCAUAUCCAAGAUUACCGCCACCAGACUUAAAGGCAUUGAGAGGGUUGCUCUGGAAGGACAGCGGUAGUAAUGCUGCUCCCGCUCUUAGCAGAGUCCCAGGUCUUCUACCCUCCACAUCACAAGAUUCAAGCCAAACUGCUACUCCCUCAGCAUCUAAUGAGUCUUGCGAGAGCCGUCUCCAGAGCCUCCAGAUUAGUUAUUGGACUAAGAUACCCGUGUCAGAUGAAAUGGCCGCAUCUCUGAUCUCCUUCUAUAUUGAAACCGACCACAAUAUUUUGGGACUCUUCGACGCUGAUCUAUUUCUUCAGGACAUUGUUGAGUGUCGUCAAAGGUUCUGCUCGUCCUUUCUUGUCAGCGCGAUAUUAUGUUUCGCAUGUCAAAGUUACACAGCCAUCAAACCUCAAACGAACGAAAUACGUCUCGCCGCUUUCAGUGAAGCCGAAAUGCUCUGGCAAGGAGAGCGAUCUGGGAAGAUGUCGCUCACUUCUCUGGCGGCCAUUGGCAUCUUUAGCGCCGCCUGUCUUAAUGAGGGAAAGGAUGUGCUUGGUCAAGAACUGGCUGCUUCACUACGCCGAGAAGCUGAUGGUCUGGGCCUUUGCGGUGAUUCUGCAGAUGAUCUUAGCUCGAACAAGCUUUGCCUAGACUCAUCAGAAUGGGUGAGGGCAACCUCACAAAUUGCCUGGGGGAUAUACGGCAUGCUAACCACACCAAUCUCAGAGCGUGUACCAUUGGCCUUUGUUGAAGCCAAGUACCAGAAGCUCCUGGUCUGGUCUAGUACUCUUCAAAACGACAUGGAGCGUACCGAAGGCUGUAAAUCUGAUGUCAUGAUAUUACAUCAUCCCAAAGCAGUGUAUACCGCGUCGGUAAACCAACUAAAAGACCUGGUAUUCAACUACCGCGCAAGAUAUACCGAAGCUGACUUUACAUCAUUUUUCAACACCGGCCUUUUCACACUUAGCUUGGCUUUGCUCGAGGACAUCAAAGAUCCUUCCUGGCAGCAUUACUUCUAUCUCUGUUUGAGGUGCUGGCAGGAUCUUUAUAUCUGUUACCCAAUCUUUCGCGAUGUAGCCAAAGCAUUCUUGUCUAUGGCUAUGGAAAAGAGUGCCAUUUCAGCACAUGAAGCGCAGAGACUCCUGCAGGGUAUUGAGAAGAGCGGGGAGCAUCACAUAGCGGCUGCAGAAGCUUUUACAAGUUUCCUCUUUGAUCCUGGAUCUAAUAGGGCUAGUGAGGCACAGGUGCAUUCCAUGGCGGAUAAAUUUGAAGAGAUGGUCGUGUUUGACGAGCUGAUCAACACAGACUCUGCCUUGGCCUUCUAG